CUCUCUCUAACCCAUCUCUCUAUGUGUCUCUGUGUGGAGUGUCAUUUUCUCUCUUACACACACACACUCUCUCUCUCCACCACAAGUCCACAACUAGUCCUCUCUCUCUGCCCAUAUUCUCUACCUUCUCUUUCACUCCUUUGAACUAAUUAUUAACCAAAACAAUUAAUCCAAGAUCUCUCCUUCCUUUUCCCUCUCUUUUACUUCUUCUCGAUUCACAUCUAUCUCUCUCUCUCUCUUUUUGUUUCCUCCAGGUUUGUAUAAAUGGGGACUAGAGAGUGAUUUUAAGAUCUUGAGGGAAGCGGCAUCAUAACAUAUAUAACCCCAUCCUUAAUCUCCCAUGAUCUCUUCCACGGAUCAUCAACAAGUGAGUAGUAGUAUGAGACCCAUCGAAGAGAAGAUGCGGAAAAGAAAAUCGGGUUUUGGAAGCAUAGUAGAGAAGUGAGAGGAAAGGAAAUAAUAUCGUGACACGGCGUCACAAAUUAAUCUAGCCUGACUAGAUUAUGGAAGCCGCCUCGGCGCCGUCGCCCGACCUCUCCCUCCACAUAAGCCCUCCCAACAGCGCAGCUGCUCCGCCUUCCAACGACAAGCCGGCCCGCAACGGUGGCGGAGGCUCCCGCGCUUACACCGAGCUCUCCCUCUCCCCCCCGCCACCGCCGCCGCCGCUGCCAACGCCGCCGACGACGACGACGACGACGCCGCGGGGCCUUUCAUUUGGGGCGGCGCCGCCGAUGCAGCCCCUUCAUCACCGAGCGAUGCACGACAUAAUUGGGUGCUCGUCGGUCGAUUCCACUCCGAUUAGAGGGAUCCCGAUCUACAGCAACUCCCCCCUACCCUUCCUCCCCGCAGACCCCAAAAACAUGGGGUUCCUCCACCAAGUUUGGUCUUCGUCCUCCCCCUCCUCGUCCUCGUCCAUGGCGUUGCCGCCGCUCUCGGACCCUUCUGGGCCCUUCUUGCACCCGGUGGGCAGGGCUUUUACCGCGCCGACGACGGCGAGGUUUAACGGGCUCUUAUCGGAUUCUUUUAGAGCGCACAACCACCACCACCACCACCACUACAACCACAACCUUCCCCACCACCACCACCAACACCAACACCAUCAGUACGGUAUCGGGUCGUUCGACGCGGCGCAGAAUAUGAUGAGGUCCAGGUUCAUGGCCAAGCUCCCCGGCAAGCGGAGUAUGCGUGCGCCGCGAAUGCGGUGGACAAGUACGCUCCACGCUCGAUUCGUCCAUGCGGUCGAGCUACUCGGCGGCCAUGAGAGGGCCACUCCAAAAUCUGUUCUUGAGCUCAUGGAUGUGAAGGAUCUCACUCUAGCCCAUGUCAAGAGCCAUUUACAGAUGUAUAGAACUGUGAAGACCACUGACAGGUCUGCAGCAUCCUCAGGCCAAUCCGAUGGAUCCGGAGAAGAUGAUCUCGCUUCUUCGACUGGCGCCGAUCUCAGCUUCCGGCGGUUCAUCGAGCAGACUAGAGCGUCGGACGGAGGGAAUGCAGCUAGUGAUAUGGACUACUCGUCAGCCAGUACUAACCCUUCCACCAAGUGGAGCAACUCCUCCAGAGAUCCAGGGCUCCAAACAAAUCCAUGCGACAUGGAUGGGCUCAGACCGGUGAGAUUCUUAUCUCAGAUUGAGAACGCCGAAGCUUGCCGAUCUAAUGGUUCGCAAGUAACUAAUAAUGAGCUCAAAAGCCCUAGCUUGGAGUUCACCUUAGGAAGGCCCGACUGGCACAGCGCCGAACAUGACUGAUGCUACUAAAGAUCUACAUGAUAUGUGCUCAUGCUUUCUUUCACCGGCUUGUCGGACAUAACACCGAUGUGUUAUCGAGUAAAGAAGACAGAAAGGAGAAGAUCCAUGUCCAUGAAUAAGAAGGGGAUGUAUAUAUAGCGGAACAACGAAUACUUUGUUGUACUCAUGAGCAUCCUCUUCUUUUGCUUUUCUUCUUUCUCUGGCUCAAACUACAGUUUUGGGGAGCGGCGUGGCUAAAGCUGAAAAGAGUCAUUGGGGGUACAUUGUUUGCACAUGGAGAGCAAGGGGGGAAAAGGUUAAGAAGAAAUUACUGCAAUAUCAUUCUUCCCUGAUUUGAUCUUCUUCCUUCUUUUUUCUUUUUUCUUUUUUCUUUUUUCUUUUUUCUUUUUUCUUCGUCCCUCUCUCUCAUCAAUAUAUAUAAAGUAGAAGUAUUGGCCUAAAGAUA